AACUUCCAGCAGAAAUUACCGAUAUUGAACUAUUUUAAAGCAAAAUGCUGAAUGACCAACGCAUCUGCCAGAGCACGGCGAGGACGGGGAAGGUCUGAACGCACAGGCACUAGCACCAGGCGGCCUGCCAGCCCCGUGACAGCGGCGUGCUUCCUGCGGCAAGAAAGGCCGCUCCGGAGGGCAGCAGCCCCGGCCCGCCCGCCCCACAGACUAUUUGCUCUGUGGACUCUGGAAGCUUCAGCGUAGCGGUGGGGCCCAGUGAAAAUCAGGAGUACACCUUAAAGCUAUUAAAACAUGGCCUCAAAAAGAGCCUUAGUGAUUCUGGCUAAAGGAGCAGAGGAGAUGGAAACGGUUAUCCCCACUGAUGUCAUGAGAAGGGCUGGAAUCAAGGUGACUAUUGCAGGUCUAACAGGAAAAGAUCCAGUGCAGUGUAGCCGAGAUGUCUUCAUUUGUCCUGAUGCCAGUUUAGAAGAUGCCAGAAAAGAGGGGCCUUAUGAUGUGGUGGUCCUGCCAGGUGGUAACCUAGGAGCUCAAAAUUUGUCCGAGUCUCCUGCUGUGAAAGACAUUUUAGUGGACCAGGAGAACAGAAAAGGCCUAAUUGCUGCUAUUUGUGCAGGUCCCACUGCCCUGAUGGCACAUGGGAUCGGGUUUGGGAGGAAAGUUACAACACACCCUUUGGCCAAAGAUAAAAUGAUGAAAGGAGAACACUACAAGUACUCUGAAAGCCGUGUGGAAAAGGAUGGGAACUUUCUCACCAGCCGUGGUCCUGGCACCAGCUUUGAGUUUGGCCUGGCUAUUGUUGAAAUACUGAUGGGGAAGGAAGUGGCUGAUCAAGUGAAGGCUCCUCUUAUAUUGAAAGAUUAGUACAAAAAUCUUGAUGAAGGGGAGGAGAGGGAGAACACAAACUGAGAUGGAAAGUUUCUUGUUUCUCUUCUUAAGAAUAACCAAAAAGCUAUGUUCUGCAUCAAAUAUAUUUGUUUAGCACAACAUUGAUGUGACUAGCAGUCACGCUUAUAUUAGGAACUGGAAUAAUUCACAGGCCAAUGGUUUUUGUUCUUAAAGAAGCUGACUUCAAUGGAUCUGGUAGCUAAUGAAUCUUCUGCCCUAGAAAGAUCUGUGAAUGUAAACAAUAGUGUUAUCCGUUUAAUAGUUUUUGUUCAUCUGAUUCUGAAGCUUGUUUGCUUGCUUAAAUAAAAAGGAAAGGAAAUCUGUUAAAAAGUG